AUGUCCUCCUUACCCCAAUCGACGACUAUCCCGCCUUCGCCAACUUCUCCGCCAGCCUUUGGUCUCAAGCGACGGCGCCUGUCUGACAACAUCCCUCAAUCCCCCAUCUCUCCUCCGUUGAUGUCAGUCGCUACAAAAAGCUAUGUUGCUUCUUAUGGAAACUCCCAUGAUACAGACGAGGUUUCGGGUCGCUCGUCUCCGCGCUCACCAAGGGGUUCCGUAUCGCGUGCUCACCAACCCGCUUCUCGACCGACACCUUCGCUACCGACACCGGCCAACAGUGUAGUAGGCAUUCCGGGUCUGGAAAUGACGGAGGACAUUGACUCACAUCGCGACAAACGGCCGAGAUUGGAUGCUGACCGAGAUGAAGAGGAGGACAAAAUGCAAGUUGACACAAACUCACUAUUUACGAACCACGAUCGGCAACAGGAUGCGGGUCCGUCCGAUGAAGCCGAUAAAAGGGCUCUACAGCCGGACUCUUUGAGAGGGAGCAAGAAUGAGAUGAACACGCUGGAACAGCAGAAAGACAUGGGUGAACCAUUCCUUCUUUGCAGAUCCAAGUUCGAACCGCAGAGGCCAAAUCCACAGCAGCAUUUGUUGGCGGUAUAUGGACUCGGUCCGUUGUUGAGGAGUGUCGCACGAACAGAUCCAUUGUCUGGAGAGAAAAUCAACAAACUACGCAAGUCAUAUGAAGGGCAGAUCAAGAGUUUUGAGCUUCCUGGGAGAAACAAAGCGGUCAGAGGCGAACGCAAUGCCGACGAAGAUCAACCUGGACCUCUACGGCGAAUGGCAGGAUCUGCACCGUGGGGAUUACAAACAGAUGAACAAUGGAAUUCAGAACACGCACGUUUCAAUAUCGAGAUGACCUCGGAUCUUCAUGCGAAGGUGAAACAGGCAAUGCAAAUGCAACCUGGCGCUGUGAGAAACAAUACUUAUUGGGAAGGUGAGCUUGGGCUGUCCGAUAAACCGAAGAUCAACCCACUUCCACAACGAGAUCAAUCUUCCCAGCCGGUCCUUUCAAGAAUACCCAACGGAAUUCCACGAUCUCUGCCACAAGCGGCGGGAGAACCCAAACGUCAGACUCGCGGCAAAAAAAGAAGCUAUGGCGAUGAUAGCUUUGUUGGGUACGGAGAAGGUUAUUCAGACGGAGAUUUUUCUGGUGAUGAUGGCUACCAAAAAAAACGGAAGAAGGUGAUUUGA